GUUUCUCAGUAACUCAAGAGGACCUUUGUACUCACUCCAGUAAGUCUGGUCUGGUCUGGUUAUUGAAUGUGUUGGUUGUAGUAGUGGAGAUUAACACCCACUGUGGUCAACACUGAGGCUUUGGUUAUGCCAUGUUGUGAAACUGGACAAACCUAAAUCAGACUGCUUCAUUUAUUGCAAUGUACACACAGAGAAAGAACAGGGUUAGCAGAGCUUGCGUUCGUUAGUGCAUACAAUGGAAAAUGUUUUAAAAUGCUUUGCAAUGGAACAUGAAAUGAAGUGUUACUUACUGGACAAGCCGCAGUAGUCCCUUCCUGUUCCAGUCAGUUUUUUUCCUGUUUGGUGCCCAAUGAACAUGUCCCAGGGCCUUUCCUCGUACGCUGUCCAAAGCUGAGUUCUCGCGGGAGGUUGUUUUGUUGUCUUUGACAUGCAGAAGAAGGAGGGGAAGAGAAAGAAAGUUCUGGCUGAAAGAGAAAUAACAGAGAAAGCAGAGGGGCAGGCUCCUUCCUGAAAAGAAAGCAACCUCAGUUAAUCUUCCUUGGAUAUAAAUCAUUGCUUUAACUCUGUGGAAAAGUAGCGACUUUUGGUAGUAAACGAGGGAAAAAAACAAGCUUGGUUGCCAAAAACAUGGAAUGGAUUCUGAUUGGCUGGGAGUAGACCCAGUAGUGGGAUGGCACAAUACACUUCCCAACCUCUGGGUUUCUGUUUAACCAAACUCCAUUCCCCCUGGAUUUUUGGUUUGAGCCUACGAGUUGCAACUUUCCCUGUUUUACCCUCUCUCUAACCCAAUAGCCUUGGCAGUGAGAAAUGUAUGUACCUAGUUCACGUUCAAUCUGGAGUAGGCAGGAAUGCCACGGAAAAGUCCAUAGACUGUGAUAAGAUACUGCUGGAAGCCUCCCCAGUUGUGAGAGAGAACGAGAGACAGAGAGUGAGAAAGAGUGGGCGCUACACACACACACACACACACACACACACACACACACACACACACACACACACACACACACACACACACACACACACACACACACACUGAUAAGAGGAGUUGCCUAGACCACUAUGUUGGAGUGUGGAUCACUUGGUGGCUGAUCUGGUCCUCAAGAGACUAGAUCCACUUCUGAACAUUGCAUUAACUCUGCCAUCUUUCUCCAGUUGUCAGCCAUGCUUUCCUUCGCCUCCCUCACCCUCCGUCUAGCGUCCACAGGAUGCAGAGGAGGCAGGCGCAACCUGGCCACAAUUGUCUCCGGCAACAAGACGUCUCAGCUGGUGAGAGAAAGGUUGAAAGAGGACUUGGACCAGAUGAGGGGCCAGUUCCCUGGCUUCCGGCCAGGUCUGGUAGUGUUGCAGGUGGGUGACAGAGACGAUUCUAACCUCUACAUUAGCAUGAAGCUAAAAGCCGCAGCUGAGAUUGGAAUCAAUGCCAGCCAUGUCAGACUGCCAAAGACUGCAACAGAGGAUGAGGUCCUCCGUAGAAUUGUAGAGGUCAAUGAGAACCUAGAGGUCCACGGCCUCAUUGUCCAGCUGCCACUGGACUCUAUCAACCCCAUGGACACAGAGAAGGUGACUAAUGCCGUGGCCCCAGAAAAGGAUGUGGAUGGGCUGACCAGUAUCAACGCAGGGAAGCUCUCUCGGGGGGACCUGGGGGACUGUUUUAUCCCCUGUACUCCUAAAGGCUGCAUGAAGCUCAUUAGCCAGACAGGCACGUCAGUGGCAGGGAAGAACGCUGUGGUGAUUGGCCGUAGCAAGAUUGUGGGAGCACCCAUGCACGACCUGCUUCUUUGGAGCCAUGCCACCGUGACCACCUGUCAUUCCAAAACAACUGACCUGGCUGCACAAGUGGGAAGGGCAGACAUAUUGGUGGUGGGUGCAGGCAAGGCGGAGAUGGUGAAAGGCGAGUGGUUGAAGGAGGGUGCUGUGGUUAUCGACUGUGGCAUCAACCACAUCCCAGAUGACAGCAAAGCCAACGGGAUGCGAGUGGUGGGGGAUGUGCAUUACCCCUCUGCCAAGGAGAAGGCUGGGUUCAUUACCCCUGUGCCCGGGGGAGUGGGACCAAUGACCGUUGCUAUGCUCAUGGAGAACACUGUCCAGAGUGCAAAGAGCUUUCUCAAGACGUACCAGCCAGGAAAGUGGAACAUUUCCUACGCCAAGCUAAAGCCACAGAAACCUCAACCCAGUGACGCCGCGAUCGCACACUCCUUCACGCCAAAGACAAUUGGCCGUCUGGCCCGGGAGGUUGGCCUCUUCUCAGAGGAGGUGGAGCCCUACGGGACGACCCGAGCCAAAGUUCGUCUGGAGGCCUUGAACCGCCUCAAGACACAGCCUAAUGGGAAAUACUUGGUGGUCACAGGGAUCACACCCACACCACUGGGUGAGGGAACGACAACCACCACCCUGGGGUUGGCACAGGCCCUAGGAGCACACCUUCAUGUCAACAGUUUUGCCUGUGUGCGCCAUCCCAGCCGAGGCUCCAACUUUGGGGUGAAAGUUGGUGCUGUUGGAGGUGGUUAUUGCCAAGUCAUUCCUAUGGAAGAGGUCAGUCUCCACCUCACCAGUGACACACAAGCUGUCAUGGCAGCCAGUAGCCUGGUGGUGGACACUGUCAAUGCACGUGUGUUAUGCGAGUCAACACAGUCAGAUAAGGCUCUCUUUGAUUGGCUGGUGCCACUGAGUGACGGUCACAGGAAGUUCUCCCUGUCCCAACUCAAUAGGUUGAAGAGACUGGGUAUAGAGAAACCAGAAACCCUGAAACCAGAGGAGAUAUACCGAUUUAUCCGUUUGGACAUUGAUCCAGAGACCAAGACGCUGAGUGGAUAUGUGGCCAGUGAGAUGAUGGCGGUGUUGGCCCUCAGUACCAGUUUGGGAGACAUGACGCGCCGCUUGGCCAGGAUGGUGGUGGCCUACAGCCGCAAGGGGUGGCCUGUCACAACAGAGGACCUGGGUAUUAGUGGAGUGCUGGCCACAUUGAUGAGAGAUGCUGUGAAGCCCAGUCUAAUGCAGACCAUGGAGGGGACACCUGUGUUUGUUCACACCUGUCCAUUGUCAGAUAUUGCCCAGGGAAACUCGUCCAUCCUGGCUGACCAGAUCGCCUUAAAGCUGGUGGGCCCAGAGGGGUUUGUGGUCACCGAGGCAGAAGGAGGUGCUGAAUUAGGCCUGGAGAAGUUCUUCGACAUCAAGUGUCGCUCUUCGGGCCUGCAUCCUGACGUGGUGGUGAUGGUGGCUUCAGUUCCUGCCCUGAAGAUGCAUGGGGGUGGACCUGCGGUCACGGCAGGUUCAGCCAUGCCGAAGGAGUACUCAGCGGAGAACCUGACGUUACUGGAAAAUGGCUGCAACCACUUGAAGAGGCAGCUGGAGAAUGCCCGGGCUUUUGGCUUACCUGUCGUUGUAGCCAUCAACACCUUCAGCACCGACACUGAUGCAGAGUUGGGCCUAGUCUGUGAGCAGGCUAAACUGGCGGGGGCCUUGGAGGCGGUGCCAUGCUCACACUGGGCUGAAGGCGGUGCCGGAGCGGUGGCGUUGGGUCAGGCGGUACAGAGGGCAGCUGAGACACCACACCAGAUGAACUUCCUUUAUGACCUGGAGAUUCCCAUUGAUGACAAAAUCAGAGUAAUAGCAAAGUCAAUGUAUGGAGCGGAUGAUGUGGAGCUCCUUCCUCAGGCCCAACAGAAGGUGGCGCUGUUCUCAAAACAAGGCUUGGGCAACCUGCCCAUAUGCAUGGCAAAGACCCACCUGUCCCUGUCCCACGACCCAGAGAGGAAAGGGGUGCCCACCGGCUUUACCUUGCCCAUCAGGGACAUCCAUGCCAAUUUGGGUGCUGGUUUUCUCUACCCCUUGGUUGGCACGACGAGUGUACCACCCCAAUCUCCAGCCUUCUCCUGUUUCCAUGACAACGACUUCAGCACCGAGAGCAAAUAGUCCCUGCCUCCUCUGGGGAAAAAGGGUUCCAAAGGGAUUAUCUUGCUAUCCCUAUAGGAUAACCAUGUUUUGUUCUAUGUACAACCUUCGGGAUCCAUGAACCGAAAGGGGUUUAACCUGCAACUAAACAUAAUGAUUCAAAGGGUUAUCAUAUGGUGACAGCCAAAUAACACUUUUAGGUUCUAGAAAGCACCUUUUUUUCUAAGAGUGUACCCCCAUUCCUUUUUUCCACUUUACUUCUCUCCCUCCCCUGCAUUUCUCUCCCAUCCAUUCCUAUCUUGCCUGUCUCUUUAGCCUCUCUUUUCUCUCUCUCCUCCAUCUCCUCUUUUCCAUCUGUCAUUCUCCCACCCUCCUUAAUCCUUUUCUUUCUUUGUGCUUUUCUAAAAGAGUUGGAAAUCAUUAAUCUCAAGAGGAGUGAAGACCUCUGUCCCCUCCAACUACUGUCAGCAACAGACAACCACAGUACAACAGGAAACCCAAUCAAACCAUUGAGAACUACAAUAGAACCAAUGUUCUUCAACCCUGGUCCCGGGGAACCCACAGGGUGUGCAGGCAUCAGGCGAGUUUGCUAGUGCUGGGCUGGAACAAAAGCCUACUCACGCUGUGGUUGAAGAACACUGCCUCUACACACAGUACCAUUAUCAACCACACACUCAGUAAAUCAGCUAACUACCAUUCUUUGUAGAUAUACUGUAACAACCCCUUUCAUUAAAUGUGGACCAAACAAGGAGAAAAAUUUCAGAAAAAAAGACAUGAGAAGGAAAAAGGCAAUAUGCUCCAUCUCACACCUGUUCUCCUGCUGUCCCUAAUGGACCAUGUUCAUUGGACUUUUCUCUUUCCCUUAAUUCAAUUCAACUUAAGGGCUUUAUUGGCAUGGGAAACAUAUGUUAACAUUGCCAAAGCAAGUGAAGUAGAUAAUAAACAAAAGUGAAUUUAACACAAAUUAAUAGUAAACAUUAAACUCACAGAAGUUCCAAAAGAAUAAAGACAUGUCAAAUGUCAUAUCAUGUGUUGUAAUGAUGUGCAAAUAGUCAAAGUACAAAAGGGAAAGUAAAUAAACAUAUAAAUAGGUUGUAUUUACAAUGGUGUUUGUUCUUCACUGGUUGGCCUUUUCUUGUGGCAACAGGUCACAGAUCUUGCUGCUGUAAUGGCACACUGUGAUAUUUCACCCAAUAGAUUAUCAAAAUUUAAUUAUUUUUUAAAUUCUUUGUGGAUCUGUGUAAUCUGAGGGAAAUAUGUGUCUCUAAUUUGGUCAUACAUUUGGCAGGAUGUUAGGAAGUGCAGCUCAGUAGCCACCUUAUUUUGUGGGCACACAGCCUGUCUUCUCUUGAGAGCCAGGUCUGCCUACGGCUGCCUUUCUCAAUAGCAAGGCUAUGCUAACUGAAUCUAUACAUAGUCAAAGCUUUCCGUUUGGGUCAGUCACAAUGGUCAGGUAUUUUGCCACAGUGUGCUCUCUGUCUAGGGCCAAAAAGUAUUCUAGUUUGCUCUGUUUUUUUGUUAAUUCUUUCCAAUGUGUCAAAUAAUUAUAUUUUUGUUUUCUCAUGA